AAAAUGGCGAGAGCGAGCGAUCAAAAGCACCCGUUUACUACAGUCUGAAACACUUCAGGCGUUUGAAUCAUCUCCUAAAAGCAGCAGCACCACCUCGAUUCACAGCGAAGCUCCGGCUGCCCGUUUAUGUUGUAGUUCUUUGUGUUUGUGAGGCAUUGUAACCCGGGAAAGUGACCGAAUGAGAGACUCAGCAAGUGCAGAUAACCUGGCCGCCCAUCAAAAUACUCCAAAUCGCCAACACAAGUCCCCUGUGUCCUUGCCCCGAUUUCCCUUGAAAGAUGGGCUGACCGACACGACAAAGCUUGCUGGCAAGUUUGAGGAAGGGCAGGACGUCCUGGCCCGGUGGUCAGAUGGCCUCUUUUACCUGGGAACCAUCUCCAAGAUAGAUAAACAUAAGCAUCGCUGCUUUGUGAUCUUUGAAGAUCAGUCUAAGUCCUGGGUUCUGUGGAAGGACAUACAAACAGGGGACAGUGGAGGGGAAAUGCUCUGCUCCAUAUGCCAGAAUGAAAGCUCUGAACCCCCCAAUGAAAUUGUCAUCUGUGACAAGUGUGGUCAAGGAUACCAUCAGCUUUGCCAUGCUCCUGUAAUUGACUCCAGUGUCAUUGACUCUGAUGACAAAUGGCUCUGCAGACAGUGCGUGUUUGCCACAACAACAAAGAGAGGCGGUGCACUAAAGAAGGGGCCAAACGCCAAAGCCCUACAGGAAAUGAAGCAGUCUCUACCAUACGCCCUUGAAGAAUUAAUGUGGGACCAGGGCCACAAGACCAACAUCCAGCAAUGCUACUGCUACUGCGGUGGACCUGGAGACUGGUAUCUGAAGAUGUUACAGUGUAAUAAGUGUAAACAGUGGUUUCAUGAAGCUUGUAUCCAGUGUUUUCAGAAGCCAAUGCUCUUUGGAGACAGGUUCUAUCUAUUUAUUUGUUCAGUUUGUAAUAGUGGACCAGAGUACCUCAAACGCCUCCCUCUGAGAUGGGUAGACGUUGCACACCUGAGCCUCUAUAACCUGAGCGUCAUUCAUAAAAAGAAAUAUUUUGACUCUGAGCUUGAACUGAUGACUUACAUCAAUGAAAACUGGGACCGGCUUCAGCUUGGCGAGCUUGCAGAGACUCCGAGAGCAGAACGAUAUGAAUGCAUUCUGGAAGCACUUAACAACAACCUCGACAUGUUCAUGUCAGGUAAAGAGAUCAAGAAGAAGAAACACCUAUUUGGCUUACGAAUCCGCUUCCCACCAGCCCCUCAGAGCUCCGAGCUCCUGUCUGACCGAGAGCCGGAAAAAGCCUCCCACGAGAUCAAAAUCAAAGGCAGGAAGGCCACCAAACCCCCUCUUUCAUCCAUGCCUGUUACUAACGGAGCAGUGAAGAAAGGAAAGAGGAAGUACCACACACACUCUUUAGAGACGUUGGCCAAAUUGAGAAGGUCAAGUGAACUUCUGGCACAGAAUGAUGAAAAGUUUCCAACUAUAGAUAAUAACUCACUAGACCUGAUGGCCUCAAAAAGUGCCAAAAGUGAAACAUUUUUGCCUUCAUCAAGUACCUCAGAUGUUGAAUCGGUUGGAGCCACCAGCACCAGUGAAACUACCUCAACCACCCUCUCAAGGCAGUCCAGUUUGGGCAGUCCGAGUGGACCACGCACUGGAUGUUUUUGGCCCACCAUCACACAGCCCCCAAUUAAGAGGCGCCGAGGACGUCCACGACGAGCACUGCAGCCCCCAAAUCCAGAGAUUCCUCCAGCCAGCAACACAGAACCACAACCCACCACCAACAACAUCAUCCCGGAACCCAGCGCUCUUCCCUCCUGCCUGUACAGCAGCAUGGACAUCAUGCAGGGCCUGGACCCCAACACCCAGCUCAACCACCUCAAGAGCUCCAUCAGCACUUACUUCGGAGCCGCCGGUCGCCUGGCCUGCGGAGAGAAGUACCGUGUCCUCGCUCGCCGCAUCACAAACGACGGCAAAGUAGAGUACUUGGUGGAAUGGGAGGGCGUCACUGCCUCCUGAGCUCCAUACCGGGUGUGUUUUAAGACUGUUUAAAGAGGAGAGUCGUGAUUGAGACUGAAUGUACGUGGAUGACUGAGAUAUUUAUGGCCCUCAGGACUACGAUAGACAUGAAGCGAUGAGACUUUUGGAGUUUUGUCUAUGUGGAAACUCGAAUGGACUGCCUUCAUGUGGACUAAGGUGGCUGUAGUUUCAGGUUGAAAACGUUGUCAGUUUGCUACUACAGUAUGUGAAAAAAACCUGAAUCCUUGCUUUUUCUGUUGUCGUUGUUUAUGAUGUGCAGGUGCCUUAAGGGGAUGUGAAACGGAUACUAUAUAUAUAUGCUGCUGGA